GAUUGAAGGAAGGAAUAAUCAAAAUUUCUUUCUUUUUCUUUCGGUCGGUGAGAGUGGGGGGAGAAAGGGAAGAAUUUUGAUGGGCUCGCCGCGCUCGUGAUAUCUUCGACUUUUCUUUCUAUUUCAUGGCCUUGGGGCCUCUCCGCUCCAUACCCUACCGACUCCUCCUCCUCUCUCGCCCCUCGUCUCCCUCUUUCUCCUCCUCCUCCUUUCCCUUUCUACGACGCGUCGCUCUCCGGCGGAUCAGCUGCGGCCCGCCGCUCGCCGGCGCCGAGAGCCCCACCCGCGCCCACCCCGCCAUCGCCCCCCAACCGGAAACCCUGGCGCACAAGAUCGGGAAAUCCAUUCGCCUCCCCGGCGCUGCCUCCAAGGCCCGGGCCUAUGCCGACGUCAACGUCCACCGCCCCCAGGAGUACUGGGACUACGAGUCCCUCACCGUCCAGUGGGGGGAACAGGACGAUUAUGAGGUAGUUCGGAAGGUCGGAAGGGGAAAGUACAGCGAGGUCUUCGAGGGAGUUCAUUGCACGAACAAUGAGAAAUGCAUUAUUAAGAUUCUAAAGCCGGUGAAGAAGAAAAAGAUUAAGAGGGAAAUAAAGAUAUUGCAGAACCUAUGUGGUGGGCCAAACAUUGUAAAAUUACUUGAUAUUGUCAGAGAUCAGCAAUCAAAGACACCCAGUCUAAUCUUUGAAUAUGUCAACAAUACAGACUUCAAAGUGCUCUAUCCAACUCUGACAGAUUAUGAUGUCCGAUACUACAUUUAUGAACUAUUAAAGGCACUAGAUUACUGUCACUCACAAGGCAUCAUGCAUCGAGAUGUGAAGCCUCACAAUGUUAUGAUUGAUCACGAGCAGCGCAAGCUUCGUCUAAUUGACUGGGGUCUUGCAGAGUUCUAUCAUCCAAGGAAAGAGUACAAUGUCCGAGUUGCUUCGAGAUACUUCAAGGGUCCGGAGCUCCUAGUUGAUCUGCAAGAUUAUGAUUAUUCUUUGGAUAUGUGGAGCCUUGGUUGUAUGUUUGCUGGGAUGGUAUUUCGCAAGGAGCCAUUCUUUUACGGGCAUGACAAUUAUGAUCAAUUGGUAAAAAUAGCUAAGGUGCUUGGAACAGAUGAGUUGAAUGCUUAUCUCAACAAAUAUCGUUUAGAGCUCGACCCACACCUUGAGGCACUUGUUGGGAGGCAUAGCAGGAAACCAUGGUCAAAGUUCAUUAAUGUUGACAAUCAGCAUCUAGCAGUUCCUGAGGCUGUUGACUUUGUGGACAAGCUGCUUCGGUAUGAUCAGCAGGAGAGGCUAACUGCAAAAGAAGCCAUGGCUCAUCCGUACUUCAAUCCGGUGAGGAGUGCCGGGAGCAGCAGGACUCGUACUUAAUAGCUUGAAUUUUACGUGCCACUGAUGAACUUCUGUGCUUGUUUUUGUCUUAUAAUUACAAUCUGUCUUAUUUGUUAUUUGUGUGAGCCCUCUAUUAUCCAAGGUUCUUAGUGUUGCAAUAUUUGUUAGUCAUGCAUUUGUAUCUUAAAAUUUUAGAACGUCCAUCCUCACUGAUCGGUCAUUGGUUAUUUUGAGCUGUCAUUUUCUCCAACUGUUGGUUUAAGUUGUCAUAUUAUCAUGUCAUCUCCUGAUCAAAUCAA